GGUUCUUGCACAAUAUUUUGUCAUGCCUACUCCGUCGCCUUCGAAUUCGCCACAGUAUAAUGUGAAGCCUGCGGAUUAUAAAGAUGUUUUUGCUGCCCGACAAUCAUACACCCAACAUACAGAUCCAUGCGAACAAGCAGCAAAAGCAUCUUUAAGCUGCAUGGACCGGAACGACUAUAAUCGGGACAAUUGUAUGGACUUCUUUCAGGCAUACAGGGACUGUAAGAAGGCGUGGCUGGAGCAGAGACGUGAGGAUCGUAGAGCUGGUCGACCUACCCCUAUAUGAACUGCGUCGAAGUGCCUGGCACAAUAUUGAUUGAUGUGCACAUCGUCAUUUUUACUUGGAGCCGGUUUUUUUGCGCGGCAUGAUUUAUCGUGAAGACGACGCAAAUUUUCUAGUACGCACGACAGGCCUUUUUAACAGCAACAAAGGGCACAUAUGCAACUACAGCCCGAAGCAAGUCCUUAGAACACAAAUUGUAUUCGAAGCGGAUACUAUUAACCAUGCAUCAUUGCAUGUACAAAAUGAAUGUAACAAGUCC